AUGGCAUCUUCUUCCAAGUCCCCGAGCUUCUUGCUCUACUCCUGCAUCGCGCAUCGUACCACAAUCUUGGCCGAACACUCAUCUCCCGGCACUUCGUCCACUGCGGCAUCUUCUCUCGCAUCAAUCAUCCUCCCAAAAAUAUCCCAUGACAAGUCCCAGAAGUUAACCUAUACCCAUGAACGGCUCUUCGUUCACUACAUCGCCGACUCGCCAACGGGCGGCCCGGCUGAUGACCAGAGCAGUCGCUCAGAGCUCAGUUCCUACGCCCCCCUGAGUUUCAUAGUCGUGGCCUCCGCAGAGCAGGGCCGUCGUAUCCCCUUUGCCUAUCUCCUUGAAAUGAAGCGGAAGUUUCUUUCGACCUACCCGCCCUCCAGCACCGAUUUCUCUACGCUUCCAGCUUACGGCUGCGCAGCCUUCAAUACGGAGCUCCGUUCUCUCCUCCAGACGUAUAACACGGCACCACCAGCUGACUCGCUUGCUACAGCGCGCCGUGAGAUCGAUAGCGUCCGCGAUAUCAUGACAGAAAAUAUUGAGCGAGUACUUGAGCGUGGAGAACGAAUCGAUCUUCUAGUUGACAAGACAGACCGCCUGGGCGGCAGUGCUCAUGACUUCCGAAUCCGCAGUCGUGGCCUGCGGCGGCGGAUGUGGUGGAAGAACAUCAAACUGAUGGUCCUGCUUGGCGUAGUGGUGGUAUUCUUGCUGUACCUGUUUAUCGGCAUGGGCUGUGGACUCCCUGCAUGGUCCAAGUGUGUUGGCCACAAGACGUCCGAGUGA